UACGUAUGCAUACGUGUACAAGUACAACUGUAGACAGCAGCUUCAGCGGUCUCCCUUUUACAUAGAUAGAAAAUAAUAGAUGGGAAUCUCCCUUUUAUAGAUAGAUAGAUAGGAUAGGGAAAUAAAAAUAAACAAUAAAAGACAUAAAAAAAAGAAGUUUUACAAAUAAUAAGUCUGGUCAUAGAAAAUCCAGAAUUAUAAGUCGCUUAUUUUAUACCCAUUUGUCAAAAUGUGUUUCGUCUUUAGUCUGGUGUAUAUUUACAGUAUGUUAUAUCAUUUAGUUGAUUAAUUUAUUUUCAAAAUAAAAUGGAAGUUUUAACACCAUUUGUUUAUUGGGCUCAAACUGAAAGUAAAAUUAAUCUUAAAGUAGAUUUGAUUAAUGUUAAGGAUAUUGAUGUUUACUUUGGAGACAAAAAAUUGAAUUUUUCUGCGUAUGGCCAAGGAGCUAGAGGAUUAAAUAAUUACGAAUUCAUCUUAGAUUUUCACUCUGCUAUUAUUCCUGAUGAAAGUGAUUAUAAAAUUAUUGACCGCUAUAUAAACUUUAUUUUAACAAAAAAAUCUGACAGCUGGUGGCCAAGAUUAACUUGUCAACCUCAAAAACCACCAUGGCUGAAAAUCGAUUUUGAUAAAUGGCGAAGUGAAGAAACAGAUGAUAUUCAAGAAGCCGUGCGAGAUGUUUGUCAAGACUAUCCUGAUAUGUACGAUCAUUUGCAUAAAGAAGAAUUUGGCUAUAGAAAAGAGGAUUAUAAAAAAGUUUAUCUCAUUUUUUAUAAUUUAUUUCAAUGUAUUGGAUUCAUUUACAUUUUAUCUGUCAUGGGCAUUCGCUACUAUCGAGAUGGUUCAGACUCGAUCAGACAUACCUAUGAAGUUGUUGGUAACCCAAUGAAGUUUAUACAAAUUCUUCAAAUUUUGGAAAUCAUGCAUCUAGUUUUUGAUUACACUAGGGGUAAUCCUCUUAUUACUACUCUGCAAGUCGGAGGUCGUGCAUUUAUAUUAUUUUUUAUGAUUGAAGCUGAACCAAGAAUGCAAACAAAACCAGUCGUUUUUUACAUUUUUUUAGUAUGGUCGGUAGUUGAAGUAAUCAGAUAUCCUUAUUAUAUGACAAACCUCUUAAACGUAAAGAUAUCUGCUUUAACUUGGCUUAGAUACACUAUUUGGAUGCCAUUAUAUCCAUUAGGGUUUGUAUUUGAAGGAAUAAUAGUGCUGCGUAAUAUUCCUUAUUUUGAGGAAACUGAAAAGUUCACUAUCGAUUUACCAAAUUCAUGGAACUUUGCUUUUUAUUUUCCUACUUUUCUGCGAAUUUAUUUAUUAAUGCUAUGUUUCCCAGGCAUGUUUGCAAUGAUGACGCAUAUGAACAGUGCACGCUACAAAAAACUUGGUAAAAUAAAAAUAAAAAAAUAAAUGUUUUAAAAUUAUA